AUGUUAAACAGAAAUCACGAGGAAGGACACGAACAUCUAUAUCGCGAUUACUUUGCGGAUAACUGUGUAUACGGGGAGAAAGACUUCAAAAGAAGAUUUCGUUUGAGUAGGGAUGUGUUCUUACGAAUCGCUAACGCCUUGGAAAUCCGGUACGAAUUUUUUCAAUUAAGAUAUGAUGCUAGAGGUAGACGGGGGUUUACAACGUUGCAGAAAUGUGUUGCGGCCAUUCAUUUGAUGGCUAUGGGGGAGUCACCCGACACCAUGGACGACUAUAUGAGAAUGUCCGAAAGAACCGCAAGAGAGACUUGGAAAGGGCAAUACGCAAGUGCUCAUCACGGAUCACCUUCAUUGGUGUUAGAGGCUGUCGCUUCUCAAGAUUUAUGGAUUUGGCAUGUAUUUUUUGGGGUUGCGGGUUCCAACAACGAUGCCAACGUUCUUGAUCAGUCGCCAAUAUUCGACGAUCUUUUGAAUGGAAAAGCCCCGGAUGCUCCUUUCACGGUGAAUGGAAACGAAUACAAAUAUGAGUAUUACCUUACAGAUGGAAUAUAUUCUCAGUAUUCCACAUUCGUGAAAGCAUUCCGCCACUCGGUUGAAGAACGAGACAAUUUUUUUAAGAGAAGACAAGAAGGAGCACGUAAGGAUGUGGAACAUGCUUUUGGAGUGCUGAAGGCGAAGUGGCAUAUAGUCGAACAUGAAGCACAACCAUUGGAUUUAGAAACUUUACGAUAUAUCAUGUAUGCAUGUAUUAUAAUGCAUAACAUGGUAAUAGAAGAUAAAGGGAGAAAUAUUGCACACUAUAUCCCAACAGAGCCCAGACACGUUCAGUUUCAACCGGGAACAACAGAUUAUUUGCAUCGCGUUGUUAACAUUCAGGACGCAAAUAAACACAGACAACUUCGAGAGGAUUUGGCGGAUUAUAUCUUCUAUGGUAACAAUAACGAUAACGAAUAG